CAACAAAAACUCGAGAAGAUAGAUUCAUUCGAGAAGAAACAGAUAAGGAUAUAGAUCAAUUUAAGGAAGAAGAUAUGAAGAAAGAUGAUUUAGUAGAUGUUGAUAUAGAUAAUGAAAUUUUUCAUAAAGAAAUUGAAUAA